UAGCUCACUGUUAAUAUGGAAAACUGCUGUUUCUGCACAGGCCAGAAGGUCUUUCUGUCCUGGUUAAGUCUCAGUUAUAGCUGAAUAUAGAUUGGUCUUCGCAAAAUAUUUUAAACACAGAAGUAACAUUGAAUAAAAAAAUGUUUCAUCAAGGAAUCAGUUGGGUAUUUGACUGAUUUCAAAAUAUUAUUCCUAAUUUUCUUCAUGAUUUAACAAAGCAAGGAAUGGCAUAAUGUUUUGCAUUAUCCAAACCCCUAGACAAAGUUAACUGACAGCAGAGGAGGAUUUAAUACAGUCAAGAAAAAAAUCCCAGGAAAUUGUUCUUCACCAAUGUCAAACUGUAGCUGAGACUUACAUUUCAAGCUUUGUAUUCUAUGCACUUCGAAGAGAUAAUUGUGGCAUUUUGUAUAUUUAGUUGCUGAUAAUACUAAUGGGUUGUGGAUCUUACCUCGUUCCAAAAAAACCCCUCUGGAUUGAUUGAUAGGUUUAGCUUGCCCAUGCUCUCUACUUAGGAGAUUUAAACAUGUAGCACUGUUUUCACUAGUGGAUUAAUUUUUGUUCAAAAAAUAAACUUUGUGUGUAAAUCCAAACGGAAGCUCAAGAUGCAUUGUAUGAUAUGUAAUGUAAUUAUGAUGUAUUCAAUAUAAACCCACACUUUUAAGUAAAACAUGCUAUUAUAAUAAGGCAUGCUACAUUAUUCUCUAAAGAUGCUCAAUAUUGCAUGCAUCUUUUGAGAAAAACCACAUUUUAAUCACAUGCAAAAGUGACAGCCUACAGAAGCCAUUAAAAGCUGUCAUUUUCUUUUACAGAAUUUGCAGUUAUUUUCAGCAGAAUUAGACGUACAGUCUAAUUCCAUUUUUUCUGAAAAUUAAGAUUACAGUUCUUGAUCGUUUUGGCUAAGAAAAUAAUUUUCCAAGUAACUUGAUGAAUUGGAGAAAUUUAAUUUUAGGAUAAAAUCCAGCCAGUUGUACUUCUUUUAAGUGAUUACUGCUUUAUCUUAAUGGGUUCAUGUGUUUAUCAGGGAACAUGCAUUUAAUGAUCACUGCUUGCAGAGUGGGAAUCUUCCACUUUUGGAAUGCCUCCAGGAAUUACUGCGAUUUCCUUACGUCCUACUGGUACCAUGCUGGGGUUUUUUCCAUGUUGAUUUUUUUUUUAUCACUUCUAAGGAACACAAAGCUUUAAAGUCUCCGUGUCACCUUUCAAUCUGAGAAUACUAUCCCAACAUUUAUUAUUGAUAAAUGUCAUUUUUGUGGAUUAAAUGUCUCAAAAUAUCCUGUGCUUUUUUUUUUUUUUUUUUGCUUGCUAAAAUGAUUGACUGAAUAUUAUUUUUCUUUGAAGUUCAGUUAUUUAUGAGACUCAGUGAGACUAAGUUGCAUUGAAAUUUCCAGGCAGGAACCUGGAAUUCUCUUAGGUUUUUCAAUCUUAGACAAUCAGUGACAAUCAACACAUUAAUGGAAUAUGAAAGCACAGAACUUGUACUCAGUAUUUAUAGUUUAAUUACACUUUAAACCACUCUUGUCUUUUUGAUCAGUAAUUAGAAGUGUCACCAAAUCCUACAGAUAAGUGUUCCACUCAUACUCAUCUCAGUGAAUGUUAAAUUAUAUGCAUAGUGUAGAGAGGUGUCUUUGAAACUUAUUAACAAGUCAUUUGUUUCCUUUUGAAUGGACAGGAAUGAAAAUAGCAAAUCAUCUUGAUGGAUAUAUAGUAGACUCAAUAAUAUAAUACUUUUAAUAUUACAUCUUAGAAUGCUGAUUUUGACCUUUUCAAAACAUAUAUUAAUGAACUGUUAAAUUUUGUAAGGAAAAGACCCCUUGAAAAUUCUCUAGAUAAAUCUAUAGAAUUUCUUCAUCUUCGCUGUGCUUAAUUCUUUCAUCCUAGGUACAUAAAUUAUUCUACAAAAUACCAGCUCUUAGAUUUCCCUUUUUUAAAAUCCUGGUCCCUAGUAAGACAUACUAUCCAAGCUGGGAGAAGGCCAUGUAAUAAACAUAAUGUUCCACUGAAGAACAAUUUAUUUCUCAUAAGUUACCUGCUAUGAAGUACGAAGAUUUAAUUUUUUUAAAUUGUUCCUCAGGCUUAGAAUGGAAAGAGUGAAUACGUUGAGAUUGUCUGACCAUGGGAAGGAGAAGAUGCCUGCUCCAAGGGUGCCAGUGCUGGCAGCAAGAUCACUGGAUCUCUUCUCUUCCAGGAGACAUGGAGGUCUAUUUGUGGUUGGAGAUACCUGACUAGAUAAAGUAUAGAUCAGUCUGCUGUGAAAGUACCUCACAUGCCUGAUGGUUUAGUGUGCUGUGAAUAUAUUGUGUCAUCAGAUGAACCUUUUCGGAAAAUUGAAAACCAAAACCAGUAUUUUCUUGCUUCUGGGUUUUGUUUGGAAUAUUUUGUCCCCUGUCAAUUCAGGAAUAGAUUGAAGAAAGCAUGGCAAAUCAACGGGAUUACAUUAGCAGACCUAUUUGCAAUGGAAUUUCUGUUCCUGAAAAUAAAAUCAAUUCCUUAGUGGCUGAAGGUCAUGGACAACAAAUUCUAAAAGUACUACAAAAGUUCAGAGAACAAAAUAUAUUUUUUGAUUUUAAAAUUCGUGUGAAAGAUGAAAUAAUUCCUUGUCAUCGUUGCGUACUGGCAGCAUGCAGUGAUUUUUUCAGAGCCAUGUUUGAAGUUAAUAUGAAAGAACGGGAUGAUGGCAAUGUUACUAUUAGUAAUCUAUCACCCAAGGCAGUGAAAGCUUUUCUUGAUUAUGCUUACACAGGAAAAACGGAGAUAACCAAUGAUAAUGUGGAAAUGCUCUUCCAACUGUCAUCAUUUCUUCAAGUUUCACUCCUUUCCAAAGCUUGCAGUGACUUCCUAAUAAAAAGUAUUGAUCUUGUGAAUUGCUUACAGUUGCUUUCUCUAUCAGAAAGUUACGGGUCUGUCCGCUUGUUUGAUCAUGCACUAGAUUUUGUACAACACCAUUUUUCAUUGCUGCUCAGAUCAAGUGACUUCUUGGAGAUGAAUUUUGAGAUACUACAAAAAUGUCUCGAGGCUGAUGAACUAGAUGUCCCUGAGGAAGAAUCAGUGUUGAAAGCUGUGCUCCAAUGGACCAAACACAACUUAGAAACACGGCAGAAAUACCUCCCUAAUUUGAUUAAAAAAGUGAGAUUACACCAGUUACCUGAAAAGACUUUGCAGGAUUUUCUUCAUUCUGAAGAACACUUACUUAAGAGUGCUAACUGCUCAGUAAUAAUCAACGAUGCAGUUAAAAGUGUGCAGAACUUCAGUGGAUUGUUUCCAGAUGCACGUCCUUCAACAACAGAAAAAUAUAUAUUUGUUCAUAAAACUGAUGAAGAUGGAGAAAACAGACAUACAUUCUGCUACAACAUCAAAACAGAUAAAUGGAAAGAACUACCACAUACGCACAUGAUUGAUCUGCCAGGGUCAAGUUUGUCUAGCUAUGGAGAAAAAAUAUUUAUAACUGGAGGAUGCAAGGGUAAUUGUUAUAGGACUGUCAGGCUUCACAUUGCUGAACCGUUUCAUGAUGCCACCGACCAAACCUGGUGCUACUGUCCAGUCAGCAAUGAAUUUGCCAUAGUGUCAGCUAUGAAAAAACCGAGGACAAUGCACACAUCUGUUGUAACCUUAAAUCAGCUCUUUGUAAUAGGUGGAAAGACCAGAGGAGCUCAAGAAACUCGGAGUCUUUUGGAUGUAGAAUCUUACAACCCUCUUUCCAAAGACUGGAAAUCUGUAAGCCAGUUACCAAGAGGUAUCUACUAUCCAGAAGCAAGUGCAUGCCAGAAUAUAAUUUAUGUUCUUGGCUCAGAAGUAGAGAUUACUGAUGCUUUUAAUCCAUCCCUUGACUGUUUCUUUAAGUAUAAUGCUAUGACUGAUCAGUGGUCUGAGCUUGUAGCAGAAUUUGGGCAGUUUUUCCAUGCAACUUUAAUCAAAGCUGUUCCAGUGAACUGUACAUUGUACAUAUGUGAUCUCUCCACCUACAAGGUUUACAGUUUUUGCCCAGAAACCUGUGUUUGGAAAGGGGAAGGAUCUUUUGAAUGCGCUGGCUUUAAUGCAGGGGCAGUUGGGACAGAAGACAAAAUUUAUAUACUAGGUGGUGAUUAUGCUCCAGAAGAAAUCACAGAUGAAGUUCAAGUCUACCACAGUAGUAGGUCUGAGUGGGAAGAAGUUUCACCAAUGCCAAGAGCCUUAACUGAGUUUUACUGUCAGGUCAUUCAGUUUAAUAAAUAUAGGGAUCCCUGGUCACCCGUCCUGACGAUUUGCUCUGGAGAAUUUUGAAACUCCCAAGUCAAAAAAGUCUAUUUAAAUGCACAAGUUGUAGAACAGUUUUUAAAUAUUAGUUUACAGAUGGAGAAAUAUGGACUCGUUUAAAUUUUCAGUUUAGAUUAAAUGCUGUAGGAUUGCUUUUGGAAGACUCCAUUAAAAUGUCAUUCAUGCUAGUCAUUUUACAGACAGUAUUAUAUACUUAAUUUUAUAUACAGCUCUGUAAUUAUGAGAAUAAUUUUCAAAAUGAUAUUAAUUUUCCAAAAAAAAAAAUCAUGAGGAAUCAGUUGUGUAAUAUGUGUUUAUUUCUGUAAUAUUCACAGUUGUCCAACAGACAAAUUGCUAAAUGAGAAAACUGACUGUGAUACUGUUUUCCCUAUGUAACUGAAGUUUAAAGGACAUUUUCAUUAGUGUUAUUUAGAUUUUCUAUGUUCAUAAACCUGUAAGAGGAAUUCAUUGUCAGCUUUAUCUUAUCACAAUGACCUUAGCAAGGACAAGAGCCAAAGUGACCUUCGCAGUAUUAAAACCAGGUAUCUAACUUGAAGAGACUGAUAAUUCCUGUCAUCUUCAGCUCUUCAGUUUUACCAGUUUUUCCUCCAUCCUUGUGCCUUAGUAGUAGCUUUAUUUUCUGUUUCCAUCCCAUUAACUGUAGCAAAGUCCACUUCAAUAACAUACUGCAGGGUAAGUAAGAUUUCUACAGGACAGAUGAUUAAUGUGAUACCUUUGCUUUAGUCAUGUUGCUAACUAAAGAAAAAACACUUCAGGACAUUUUCUAACAGAAGUCUUCAUCUCUGAAGUCUUCAGUGCUACCUACUAAGCUGUCACUAGGCUGCUUAUAGCAGCAAGCUGUAAACUGAAUCCUAGCUGUUGCUUCCGUUAACUAUGGGAAAAGUUUGUAUCUUGUCAUACAUCAAAGUUACAAAACUACACCCCCCCAUAUUAAAAAUCAGUAGUAAAUAGUAUUUUGGAGGUGAGAAAUCAUCUCUUGUGGUUUAAAUUAAUUCAACACUUUAUCUUGAACUUCAUUGUAUUUUUAGAUGUUAAAAUAUUACACAGUAAACAUUACACAAUAGAUUGCUUGAUAAACUUUAAGUAGUCAGCUAUGAUCAUGUUAAAAUUGUAAUGGACUUUUAGUGCUAAUAUUAGUCUAGCCAUAUGUUUGAAGUAAAUUUGAUGUCAUGCUUACAAAGUCAGUCUUCUUUCUGACAGGAGGAUACUGAAAUUAGCUAGGUUUCAUAAAUUAAUUUGUAAUCUUCCACAGCCUGAGAAUUUCCUUUCUUACCAGGUAUCCAGAUAAGACACUGAGAGCUCUUAUGUCCCAUAUAAGUAUUGUGAAAGCAGUGUAAGGUUGUCUUCUGCCAGACAGAAUAAUAGUUCUAAACACUUAAAUUAUAUCUUUUCAAGCAGUUUAAAUAAUGAAUAAAAUUUAGUGAGGCAUCAGAGACAUCUUUCAUAUGUCUUGAGACAACUAUGGUAAGUUCAUUAUCACAUCACUAUUGCAUGUACUUUUUGUAAAACCCAAGCUGAAUAUUAAUGCUUAAAGCUUAAUAUUACCUAGAACAGCUUUCUCUUUUAAACAGUACACAAUGGAAGGUUUUGAUUCUGUGACUGACUGUGUAAUUUGUUAUCAGAUACCUUUACAAAUUUAGAUAACGUUCAUGAUAACAAUUUUCAUAAGUAUGUAAAAUAAAACCAUGUACGUUUGGAGAAGAUGUUAAUAGAGCAGGACCCUUUCAUUCAGUAAUUUCUGUAUAUUAAUAUGUGUGUCAGUUCUGUAGAAGUAAGUAGCUUGUUACAGUAUUUCAGGCAACUUCCACAUUUAUUUUGGUUUGUUUUUUUUUCAUAAUAAAUCUCCAAAUCAUAUUUUAACUAAAUGUAGCUAGGUAACCUUUACAAUCACCUUGCAGAAAUGCAAGUAUUUUUAUACUGGGACACAGCUACUUUUUGUUAGUGCAAAGCAAAUGUAUUGAGUAGAGAGAGGAAGAAUACUACUUACUGAAACAAUAGGAAAAAACCAAGCAUAUAGGAAAAUGGUAGUUUUAGUUUUAACGAAGCUACUCAGGGUAGCAUAGAGACUUCAUUCACCAUUAAUUAUUGCAAUUUGCCACGUAAUUGGAAUACAAAGCCCAAUUCACCUUUGCUUGUGUAUUUGUGUUGUGUUUAUACCUGAGUAAUAAGAGUAGAUAAUUUAUGCAUUGAGAAAAGUAACAUAUUAUGCCCGUAGUACAUGGGUAAAAAUAGCUAUGCAAAUUGGAAGAGACUAGAGAAUUGCAAGGGUGUUUUAAUUGCCACUGUCAUGGCCAGAUUGCUGGGUCACAUAAACAGCAAGCGAGAGAGUCAUUCAGGUGAUGCUCUUUCCUCUAAGUUUUUCCCUACAGCAGAUCUUUUUGGCAGUCUUCCACCCAGCUACUUGCUAUAAGACUCUGGCAUCUGACAUCAGACAGAGCAGUGACGUAUGUGAGAAAUUCCUCAGUACAGAGGAAUUAUAGACAGUGAAAACUGACUGAAGCUGAAUUGAGAAAAUAGACAUGCUUCUUUAAUAUUCUACACUAUACUUGUGCAGGAACUAAUGUCAGUUCCCAGUUUGACAAAUCAUUCAUAGAUUUCACAGGGAGUUGAGCUCUUACUCAGUGAUCAGGAAAUAAUGUAGUAAUGUCAGUUACUUUCUAGCAUUGCUUACAGAAGAGUUAUUGUCAAAUGGUACUGAUUUUCUGCAGGUAGGCAGGUAAACCUGUCCUACAGCUCUCACAGAAGGAAAAAGGAUCAUAUGCCACAUUUCCACAUACAAAGCAUUAAAUCUGGUAGCAGAACGGAAUGCAGAAGAAGCAGAAGUGUUAGAAAGUCAUGUUUAAAAACAAGGCUUUAUCAUAGGAGAAAGGAUCUAUGUUCCAAACCCAGUGAUUAAUUGCUAAAGAUGUAAUAAAUCUCAGUGAACGACACAAAAAAAAAUUACUUGCAUGAGUAACUGUUGUAGUCUGGAUGAAACAUUUUUCAGUCUACAGAGCAUUUAUGCAAUUAAAAACAAAAGUCACAAAAUUAAUGCAAAGUGAGUUUUCUAAUAUCUUUUAUGACUUUUCAAAGCUCUUUGAAUCAAAGCUUUAUGAAAAAGUACCUUCCUCUACAAAUAGUAACUAGAUUAACGAUUAUGUAUGUUCUCACUGAAACAGAGUGAUGUUUAAACAUACAAAAUGCAUGUAAAAUUAUAAUCUACUAUUUGCACUUAAAUGAUGUAACCAAAACAUUUCUAAUAGUAUUCUAUUUUAUGUCACAAAAUACAUUAUAAGCAUGACCAGUAUAAUAUACACAAAGAUAAUAUAUAUUGUAUGUGGGAUUUUAAUAUCCAGUGAUGAUUAUAUUGGAUAAUCUUAAUUUUUAAAGAAUGCUAUCAAUACGUUAUGGCACUUUGGUAAUGUUAUCAUACUGGUUUAGUUGUUAUAAUAAAUAUCAAUUAUUCAGGUGUUUUAUUGAUUAUGUUUGCACAGACCUGAUGAUUAUUAUUUAAGGACUAAUUAAUUUGUUUUCUAUAUUUUAAAUACAUUUGUAAUAAGUCAGUUUACUGCUGUUAAAAAUUCGUUAUAUUCACAAAAUGGAGUAGAUUUUCUGGGUCAGAUUUAUUUAUGAAAAAUGUGAAGAAAACUGUUUACCUCCUCUGGUUAGUAUAGGGCAGUAGGUAAGGUAUAGGCUAUAGAAUGUGCAGACUGCAGUUCCUAAUGUGGAGAUUAAUUUUAGAUGUUUCUGUUUGUAGGUGACCAACAGGAGGCAGCAUAAGAUCUAUUUUAAUUAAAACAGACUGAAAGCAGGGAUGUAUUUGACAAUAUUUACAGUUGAACAUUAUGCUCAAUUUACUUUUUUCCUUCUAACACCCAGUAAAGCAUAGAGAACAGUAACAUUUCGCUGCUGCCUGGGCUCUGCUGAUAUGUGGAAAGUACGAUACUACACAUUUGCUGAGAUGUUCAUUCUUUUGUGAAAUAAAGCACUGAGCAACUGAA